CAAGGGCGCUAAAAUAAAUAAAGAUGGGACUUAGCUUCAGCCUUCCUCAAUCGAAUUGACAUCAGUGGGUACUUUCUGAAUUCAUCGCAGUUCAUCUAAGCCUUCUUUUGUUCGAUAUCAUUAUUCUGUGCCUGGUCAUACCUUAUAGCAUAAUAUUAAGGUCUCACUCACAAAGAAGGGAGUUUUACUUCAGGAUGCCUCCGCCAACUCGAUCAACGGUUGACAGACUGGAUCGUCCCAGCGCGUAUUAUAACAGUCGACAAAACAAACGCCGACGGCCUGAUCAUGGCCGAGAUGGUGAUGCUGAGAGUGUCGACGUCAAACCGGAAGAGGCACCUGAGGACCCUUUGAAGAACGCCACUACCCUCUACGUGGGAAACUUGUCUUUCUACACGACGGAAGAGCAAGUCUAUGAGCUGUUCUCCAAGUGCGGUGAGAUUAAGCGAUUGGUGAUGGGACUAGACAGAUUCAACAAGACCCCCUGCGGUUUCUGUUUCGUAGAGUACUACACCCACCAGGAUGCUCUUGACUGCAUGAAGUACAUAGGCGGCACCAAACUCGACGAACGUAUCAUCCGUACGGAUCUGGAUCCAGGUUUUGAGGAAGGACGCCAGUACGGCCGAGGCAAGUCUGGUGGUCAGGUGCGAGAUGAGUACCGUGACGAUUUUGACGAGGGCAGAGGUGGUUUGGGCAGAGCAAUUCAGGUAGACCGGGAACGUGAUAAUCAACGAAAUCGAGAACGAGAUGUUCAUACAGAGGAAGAUUACGGACGCCUGCGAUAAAUCUUGUACUAAUAGGCUAGUUCCUUGAUACCCUUUCUAGACGAAACUAGCUUUUAUGAAUACGGAUGAUUACGGAUAAUUCAUUAGA